CUGGGUCCCUGCGUUUUUGCGAUGGCGCUUCGCUGGGGCAUCGUGUCGGCCGGCCUUAUCUCCAGCGACUUCACGACUGCGCUGCGGACGCUGCCUCGCUCCGAGCACCAGGUGGUGGCGGUAGCAGCCCGCGACCUGAGCCGGGCGAAGGAGUUUGCGCGGAAAUAUGACAUCCCCAAGGCCUAUGGGUCAUAUGAGGAGCUGGCCAAAGACCCGAAUGUGGAGGUGGCCUACAUUGGCACUCAGCACCCGCAGCACAGGGCCGCGGUGCUGCUAUGCCUGGCAGCGGGCAAGGCCGUCCUGUGCGAGAAGCCCAUGGGCGUGAACGCUGCGGAAGUUCGAGAAAUGGUUGCCGAAGCCCGAUCCCGAGGUCUCUUCCUUAUGGAGGCCAUCUGGACCCGCUUCUUCCCUGCUAUGGAGGCUCUGAAGUCGGCUGUGUCUCAGGGAACGCUGGGGGAGCUCCGGGUGGCUCGGGCAGAAUUUGGGAAGGACCUCACCCACGUGCCCCGGGCUGUAGACUGGGCCCAGGCUGGCGGUGGCCUACUGGACAUCGGCAUCUACUGUAUCCAGUUCAUCUCUAUGGUCUUUGGCGGGCAGAAGCCAGAGAAGAUUGUAGCCAUGGGAAGGCGCCAUGAAACAGGUGUGGACGACACGGUCUCUGUGCUCCUCCAGUACCCAGGAGGCGUCCACGGCUGCUUCACCUGCAGCAUCACUGCCGAGCUCUCCAAUGUGGCCUCUGUGAGCGGCACCAAGGGCAUGGCCCAGCCAACACUCAUCUGCCCCCAGAUCCUCAGCCCAUGCUGGUGCCCAACAGAGCUGGUGGUGAAGGGAGAGCAUAAGGAGUUCCCGCUGCCCCCUGCCCCGCACAAGGAAUUAAACUUUACAAAUGGAAUGGGCAUGACUUACGAGGCCAAGCAUUUCCGGGAGUGCCUACGAAAGGGCCUGAAGGAAAGUCCUGUGAUCCCCCUGGCGGAAAGUGAACUCCUGGCUGACAUCCUCGAGGAGGUGAGGAAGGCCAUUGGAGUCACCUUCCCCCAAGACAAAUGCUGAUGUGUGCCUCGAAUAAAUAAAGGCAUGGUUCUCACAGAAA